AGACCAUAUCUUACAAACUACUUGGCGCUUGGAAUGGAGAGUUACAAGAUCAGUGAUAGACAGCUGUCGGCAUCUUCACAAGUGAAUGGCUCAUACGCUGCGCUAAACGCACGUCUGAAUCACAAUCUUCAGGGUGGAGCUUGGAUUCCAGAAACAUCAGAACGUUCAGAGUAUCUGCAGAUUGAUUUAGGAUGGGUGUCAGUCUUGACUGGAAUUGCUACGCAAGGACAUCCCGAGCAACCAUACCGCACCUUAACUUACAAACUGAGGCACACAAUAAGUCUCGAUGAGGCUUUUACUACAUAUCUAAAGGUUAAUACGGUCUUGUCUUCUUUCCUCUCGUCCGCAGAAUCCUUAUUAACUCAUUAAUCAGUUAAUGAAAUUGAUUAUUUAAUCCCGUUAUUUAUAUUUUCAUUUUUGGUGUUUUUACAAUGCCUUGAUCCCAGAGUUUUUUCUUCAUAUUUUUCUACGCUUGAGAGAGAACGAGCCUCGAAGCUGCAUUUUUCAUGGCUUCGCCAAAAAAACAAAUCAAGAAAAACCUUUGUGAGCAGGUAUUUUGCAGCCAUAGUGACUGAAUCUGUAAACAGAACUCUUCUUUAUCAGUAGUGGUCGUUCUUCUUGUUUAUCAGGAAUUUUGGAGCAAAUUUUAAUUCUUAUGUAUUGUCUAAUAACCCUCUUUGCUUCUGUUGUUUGCACAAGGAAUUUUUUGGAAAUGUUGAAGAGGGAUCUACAAUGUAUGAAGUUCUUGAUCCAACCCGAUGUCGUUAUUUACGAGUACAAACUCUUGGCUGGUCUGAAAAAGUGUCACUGAGAGUAGAACUGUAUGGUUAUAAGGAAGGUAACAAUCACCACGUGUAUAAUCUUUGCCAAAUAUACUUUUGACCAUUUAUAUAGAAUAACAUUUCGCCCGGGGCAGCACCCGUGGUAUACAUGUAUAAGUGGUUAAUUGUAGUCGGCUUGAAAACGCUGUUUCAAUCAAGCAUCACUUUAAACAGUUUAAACAGCACGAUUAUGUAAUCAUACUGCUACCACACACCGUUGACCGACAUGGGUCCGGUCAAAUUUUUGAACGGACGAAUGUUUUACCUGUGCUGACCAGCCGUCUACACGGAACCGUCUGCAAAUUCUGUUGCAUAAUUAUUUCAGUACUGUUUGCCGUUUAAAAUCUUGCACGGUUCCGCGGGUCUCUUGUACACGAAAGUCGGAUCCGUGCGAGUUUUUUGUCCGUUCAAAAAUUUGUUCGGACCAGUGUCAACGGGGUUCCAGAAUCCUUCAGGGCUUUUUGUCUUGACUGUGCAAAUUAGGGCUUUUGUUAUUCAAUACUUUGGGUUGCCAAAUUUAAAUUUGAAGGACAAAAAGGAAAUGAAUUCUGGUCUAAAUUAUGUCCCAUUCACACCAACUAAACAUGUAUAAUUAAACCAGGUUUGAAAAAAAAACAAACACUGAAACCCGAGCAUGUUUUGGAAUUUGCACUAAAUUUGGACAGUUGACAAUCAACUUAAGUCAAUAUACAGCGUUUAUGAUGGAAACAAUUUUAAACCAUGUUGAGCUAAACAGUCUUUAAACAUGUUUAAGCUUCAGGGUGCAGUGAAUGGGACUUUAGUCAAACAGACGUCUUCGCGCAAACGGCCCAUUAAGAAAUUUUAUCUUUUUCUUUUUAAGAAUGUUCUGAUCACCUCAGAUCGAUUUUCAGUGCUUCAUCCAGUGCAGGUUUUAGUUUACCAGGAUAUGGCUACCUACAUUCGGGGCUUGGAUCUGGUGCAUGGUGUGCUCAGGAACAUAAUGUUAACCAAUAUUUCCAGGUCUGAAAUAGCACUAACUCUGCUUAUAGACUUACCUGAUGACUUUAUGGUUUAUGACAUAAGUAAAGUUGCUCCCGAAUAAACAACAUUGACCAGGAAGGGGGGGGGGUAGAAGGGUCAUCAUGGUGCCGCCGAAUUCUUAGGGUGGGUCUCCUGUGAAUAAGAAAGUGCAAAAUUCUAAACACUUUUUUGUCCGAGAUUGUAGGCUCAUGUGACAAACAUCCUGCCUACUACCAACACGGGAAUGUCGAUACGUGUCUAUGCAAUUGAUGAUGAAAAUGUGAAAUUUUAAGCCCGAUGAAUAUAUGAAUAAAGAAAGUGAGCAACUGAUUUAGUUUUUGACGACAUCAUCAAACUCACAUUAAUUUUCCGUGCUCCCUUACUGAAUAAAAUAUCCAUUCAGUAUAUUUUUUUUGGUUGGUUUCAGGCAAAGCUUUCUAGUGAGAGUAUUGUUACUGGUGUGGCAACUCAGGGUCAAAAAUCUUCCGACAGUUGGGUUAAGUACUUUUCCUUGGAUUACAGUCUAGAUGGUCGUGCAUGGAUUCAGUAUGCCGGAGGAAAGGUCAAUUGCUUUACUUUAAAUAAGAUAGUUAUGAUUUAAAUCGAAGCCACGAAACAAGAGUAACAAGGGCACAACGAUAAGCGACGAAGCUACAAAAAUGAGCGUUAAGGCCACGAAAUGAGUAUUAUUUCUGCCCUAUUUAUGCCUUAUUUUCAUUUAUUAGACUUCGCGGAUAGCAUAUAAUCAUGUGUCAAUUAUUCACAGUUGUCGGUUUGACUAACUUUAGUUGGAGUCGGCCCCACCCACCCACCCACCAGUUCUGCUUACAUUAUUAACACCUUCGAACUUGCUCGUCUGGGGUUACUUCCCCACAACUAAUGCUUAUAAGACAUCACGCACAAGCUUAUAAAAGAAAGGUUGGUACCUCAAAAAAGCGCUUUACCGAACUCUAACCGUAAGGAAGUGAUUUUGAGGAGAUGAGCACCCCGUAUUGGAGAAGACGUUAUACAGGGCGUGAGAAAUUAUCUUUGCUUGCAAAGAUCGCCUAGGCACGAUUUUUUGUAGCCUGCGAACGCAAACGUAUUUCCGGUCGUCGCUUGUCUCCACCGGGAAGGAGAGAAGCGACGACCGGAGCAGUACGUCUGCGUUCCCAGGCUACAAAAAACCCGCCACGCUCACGGGUAAUAAUUUAUGCGAUCCGUCACUUCUGCCGAAUUUCAUCCCCUAAACCGCAUGUUGGAGGAGACUGACCGAAAACUGAGCGAUUAGUAAAAAUCAAUUCGGUCUGCCACGAUUAACAAAAUCGGACGACCGCGUAACGGGAGUAUUUGAUCCGAGUAUGAUUACAGACCGAAUUGGACGACACAAAGUUCUGAAUUUCAUCCCUAUUUUUUAAAACCGCGAAAUUUUGUUUUGCUAGCAGUGAAAAAAGGGGAGACGUGAUGACUGUCCUUAGGCAAAACUGAUUUAACUGUCCAAUUAAGGCUGAAAUCAGGGCAGUUGAUAGCCAAUCAGAUUUGACAAUUUUGUUAUAUUUAUGAUUAACGCAUUAACCGGUGGUUAACUGCAGCAUGAAUUUCAGGUGAUUACGGGGAAUGUAGACAGGAACUCCACUGUUUUUCAUUUCUUCUCGACUUCACUGAUGACGCGAUAUUUGCGCUUCCAUCCACAAAGCUGGCAUAACAAGAUUUGUAUGAGAGUGGGAAUUUAUGGUUGUGCUGUGAACGGUAAGUAUAUUCUCCUCUAAACAAGAACACCAUUUCGCAGUAACUACUUUUAACCCCGGGGGGUGGACUCCGCAUAUGAAAGGGGUGGGGAUGCUCGUCGUCUCGCUUAGGGAUGUAAAUUUCGGAUUUUGGUCUCGCUUAGGGUGUUCUGGGCAAAACGCCAUCAUAUUUAGCCAUGAAGGUCUUAUUUAGGGUUGGACGUUAAAAAAUACAGAAAUAUUAUAUUGUCUGUGUUUUAACAUGGUCUCUUUUAGGGGUCAGCAAAAGCUUGGGCCACGCCUUUAGGGGUUUAAUUCAAAAUUUCCGACGAGCAUCCCCACCCCUUUCAUAUGCAGAGUCCCCCGGGCUUUUGACAACACAUAAUAAGGGUUUGUAAUGUUUUUAAUGUUUUUUAAUGAAAACCUGUUGUUAUCCGGAUCUACAGUCAAAUCUAGCUCUCUUAACGGACAUCUCUUUAAGACGAACAACUUGCUAAAAAGGACACCUGUCUAUCCUUACUCCUUUUAGUUGACUUCCUAUAAGAAGGACAUCUUCUUAUAUAGGAAUCUAUUUACUUGAAAAACCACAUGAAAAUAGAUUCUUCAGGAGCCAAAAGUCUGUGAAGAUCAUCUGAAAUAGUGAGAUUUGAAAUACCUUGAAACUUUUUAACGGUUAAUACUACUCUGCAUUUUUUACGGUUGACGGUUAAACUUUAGGCCGUGUGACGGCUGACGGUUAACCUCAUUGAGACCCUCAAAGAAUAGUAUAUAUGCGGUCUUGCAAACUAUCCUCAGCAGCUUUAAUGUUUGACUGUUUUGUUGUUAUUUUAUCAGACCGUAGGGCUGUAUCGGCCGGGCGCCCAUCAGAUGUUUCAGAUUGUGCCCACUGUAAUGUUAAUGCGAGGUGUAUCAGUAGCCAAGGCAACACUGGACGCUGUGUUUGCAAACAUGGAUUUGUUGGAGAUGGUAAAAAAUGCGAAGGUACCUCAUGCACGCCCUUCAUGUUUGGAGCCUUUUUUGCCCUUGUAAAUAAUAUACUUGCCUAAAUAAGGGAGGUAGGCGUGUAAAACUUGCUGUUCAACAGAAGACGAUGAUGGUUUUGUUUCAAUGAAUAGUUUGGUUUACUGAGCAGACACCAGGCGGGGUUAGGAAGCAGAAGUUAUUUGUAUACAACAACUUUUGCUGUUGUUUUCAAACUCUGAAGGGUAUACUAGUUUCUUUCGGUAAUUCACCCAAGAUUUGUUCUCCGCCCAGUAAGAGGGAAAAAUACGAGGAAAAGAUUAAUAGAUAUUUUAAUAUCAAUUGAUCUCUUCAUCUGAAUUUUUUACUCUUAUUAAAAUAAAUUUUAUUUGGUAGCAAGAGUGUUUAUCUGGAUUUCCAACCGCACAAACUCAGGAUCUGGACGUCUGUGGUUCAAGUAGCCUCGCACUUCGCGUUGUUUUCUUAGGCAAGGAACUUUACUCCACUUUGUCUCUCUUCAUCCAGGAGUAUAAAUGGGUACCCGCGACACGCUAAUGGGGGUUAACCCUGCGAUGGACUAACAUCCCGUCCAGGGGGGAGUAGCAAUGCUCCUAGGCAUGCUUCAUGCUAAGGAAACCGGGAUAAGCUCUGGCCGUUCGGGCCUUUGGCUCAUGUGCUCCUUAGUUUUAAAAUAUCUUCACUUCGUUACAACAAUAAUGCAGCAUCACUUGCCACUGUUGACCACAAACUUUUAUGUCUGACAGAUCGAGAUGAGUGUUCAAGUAGCAUCUCACCUUGUCCAGAACAGGCAGAUUGUGAGAAUGCGGUAGGAUCUUUUCGCUGCCUUUGUAGACCAGGAUAUAAAGGAACUGACUCACAAAACUCCUCGUGUGUAGGUAAGAAACUAAUAAAUCAAGCUUAACUUUUUUUGACUUUUGAUUUCUGAUUCUUGUUUGGAGUGGAAGAAACGACAUGUUCGUAAAUCUUUUCCUUCUUAUGCCAUUUUAAUGGAGAGCUUUAGAUUUGAGGAAGGAAACGACUACGAGCACGAGAUUUGAAGCUUUUGCGCGUGUUCUCAAACAAAAGACACCCUGGAAAGCUUCAUUUAUGUUUUUUUCUUUUUUCACCAAAAACGUUAGCACGGUUAUUCAUACUGAAGGAGGUUAAUCUCGCGAUAGCAAAAUGAUAAAACGUCUUACAUUUGAAAACUUUUUCCCGCUACUCCGACAUUCUUGCUAAAACUUGGGUAGAAUGACGACGACUAUCACGUUUUCCCGCGAAAAUGAAGGUGCCUUACGCAGGCGCACUUCUUACUAUUGAGAAAAUCUCGUACUCGUAGUCGUUUUCUUCUCAAAAUCUAAAGCUCAGACAAUGACUUUUUUGGGGGAAGGGGAGGGGGUAAACAAGGUCUACAGUGGGCAUUAUGAAAGUGGUGAUCUAGUAAGUGUCGUUUUAUGCUGAUGAACGGACGAGGGGAGCUUCGGAGACGAGGAUGAAGCGCGUUAAAAAGCAGUAAUGAUCUCAUGGACCUCGAAAUUGAGAAAAAAACAAAUACUUUGAUAAUUUUCUGGAAAAUUUUUAAAUAGUUAUAGUUUAAACUGUCCAAGUAACAUCUUACAACAAAUUAGCGUAUUUUUGCUAUCCUGCCAUCUUGGACGUUGAAACUACCAGAGAGUUGGGGCCACGAUCAAUUUACCUCUGAGUUUUCGAACGACAAAUGGGCUCUUAAAAUGCUGAAACAGUUUGUCGUGAUCGAGGCUUAUAUAACUGGCUAUUUUUGUGUGUGUUUUCUCUCGUAGAUAUUGAUGAAUGCAAGAUUUCUGGCAGCUGUUUCAGGGUUGGCUGCAUCAACUUUCCCGGCUCAUUUAAAUGUGACUGUGGUAUUACGGGACUGUUUUACGACCCACAAGAUAGGCACUGCAAAGGUAUAGUAACCAUUGCGAAUGAGUUGUUACAGUCAAAAUAUUAAAUAUGUGAAAAUCAAUUCAAAUGUAGGAACUGUGGGAUGUAAAUAUAAAUGAAAGAACUGAUAUCGCAGUUACACGUAUACAUGUAUACGCGACGUUUGCAGUUGCGAAAAGAAGGCUUGAAAUUUAGGCUUGUACGGUGCAGCAAAGUAAAUAAUAUUCUCUUCUUUUGAGGAAUCUUGAGGAAUUUUUGUUUAUCCAUUUGUUUUUUUACAGACAUAGAUGAGUGUUCUGACGGCAGUUUCGAGUGCAACCCCCUUGCAUUCUGUAUCAACACGUAUGGCUCAUACGCCUGCAUAUGUUCAGACGGAUAUAAAGGUGGUGGUAGAAGGGUUUGUGCUGGUAUGUCCGUUCACACUGUCUAAACAUCCCUCGCUGCAUCUCGUACCGGAAUUAUAGGCUGAUUUAGCAACAGAACGGGAACGUCAGUUGACAACGGGAAAGCGCUCGGAAAAGACUAAACGCGACUUCCAGUGCCCAAUUUGCCGCUCUGCCAUUGGUCAAGCAAGUUGUUUGAUUUGCGAGCGCCGUCGUCAACUGACGUUCCCGUUCUGUUGGUAAAUCAGCCUAAUAGCAAAUGCUGAGAGCCGUUUUCAAAAGAUUUUUUUUCAGUCAUUACUUUCGAUCAGCAUGAGAAUCAGGUUGCAGCCAUUCUCAUCUAGAUAACAUAAAAGAACGUUUUAUUGUUUCGAUUUCAGAUGUAAACGAGUGUAGACGGAGACCUAACCCAUGCGGCAACACUACUGUUUGUCAAAAUACCAAAGGAUCAUAUCGAUGCGGUUGUAGGGCUGGUUUCAUUUGGCAGAACAACACGUGUGUCGGUCAGUGCGGAUUACAUAUCUUUUAGCUUGGCUAAUUGAUAAAUUUUCUAUCCAAAAUUGCAUACCCUAACCCUCCCCUCCCCCUCCUCGGUGGAUUGCCCUAGCGUGGUGAACUUUCAGCCUUCAUAUAUAUUAACCUUUCGCACCAAAGUGGUCUCAGCCAAUCAGAGAAGAGUAGGAUUUUUCACUGCAAUGGCUGAUGGGUCAAGCGUUAUGCGUUGCUGGUGAUAGACCAUUUCCCAAUUGCCCCAUCUGUGUCAAGUUGAGGCUAAGUGCCGAGCCGGCCAUUGAUUUUUCAUUCCUAUGCAAAGAAAACUCGUUUUCCUCAAAAAAGGUUUUGCUCUUAUCCUCGUUUUGAAACUUAGAGUUUUUGGAACUCGGAAGUGGCCUCUAGGCCCUCACCCUCUCGAUAUCCACUUCAGUACAGUGUAAUGUAAUUCUUUGGGUAGGUUAUUUAUUUAUUUAUUUAUUUAUUUAUUUAUUUAUAUAGUAAUACAAAUCCAUUUCUGUUGUUUUCAGACAUUGAUGAAUGCAGCAUCGGAGCAUUUAAGUGCCGAAUUCAUACUGCGUGCGUCAAUACCAUUGGAUCUUACACCUGCAAAUGUAAACAAGGCUUCUAUAGCAAUGGACCGCAUUGUCUUGGUAAGAACUUCCAAGUUUGUGUAUGUUCAUCGUAGUUGCUAAUUUGAAAGAGGCAAAUACAAUGAUUUUGGAUUCUUCAGGUCUAGUGCAGCUAGUGCUUAGCAACAAUACUCUGUAGCUAGCGAUUUCAUACGGAUGUUUCCGAUGUUUACUUCGAAUGUUUUCGAUCAAAUUUGUUGUUGACGUGGAUCGUGUUCCAUAACGUGGCACCUAAGGUGGCUUUCGCGUCAUAAAACGACUGCCUCUGUAGCAUUACUGAGCAAUAAAUGAUAUUCCAAUUUAAAAUUUCUGUUUUUAUCAUUUUUUCUUUUUCAGAUUUCAAUGAAUGUCUGAGAGGUAGUGCUGAUUGUCACGAAGACGCAUGGUGUGCGAACACUGCGGGCUCAUAUAAAUGCUUCUGCAAAGAAGGGUAUCAUGGGAAUGGAACCAGUUGUGAAAAGUGA